AUUCACGCCACAACCUCAGGACCUUUUGGCAUGUGAGAAAAAACGCCACUAUGUCUGUGACACUUCAUCAUAAGCGAAAGUGAGCUUUAAUCACGUUUGGCUUAGCCUCGUGGUUUUACAAAUUCAUCAAAUAUUAAGCACAUUUCCGUGCAGAAACAUGUUAAAGGCAACGGUGGCAAAAGUGGAGAAAUGUGGAGAUACUAGACUUCUUUCCAGAUAUUCACAUUGAUUGGCCUACAGUUGUGAUGUUGCUCGUCCUGUUGUUCCAAUUGUCCCUGCUGGUCCUAGUGAGGGGUCAACAGAUUACCCAGCAGAAAUACUUCGCGUGUUCUCAGAGAGAGUCAGUGAACACCACGUUGCUCGACGUCCCUGUCACCAGCCUAAUUCAGUGUGGAGCCAAGUGCCUGGAACAUUCUGAAUGCAAAUCAGGACAUAUUUGCCAGGGAGAGGAUGGUACCAAUUUAUGUUCUCUGGGUUCUGAUUGGCCUUUUGGAGACUGUGAUGUUUUACAAGUCAAUGAAAAGUGUUCGUCUUAUAAAAUCGUGAACCCGUGUGAAAAUGGUGGCACUCUGAAUCCUGAUGGGUACAGCUGUACCUGCACUACCCUCUGGUAUGAUACUUUCUGUCAGAGAUAUCGCUACGAUUGUAUAGAAUUAGAAAAUUCCCAGACUACCGCCAUGACAAUUCAACCAAAGAACUACCACACAGCUGUUCUUGUUAUCUGUCAGCAACAGCAAAACAGCCUUGUUGGAUAUUUCCAUGGACAAAUAGCACCAGGUGAUCUAAACAAAACAUAUGAGCAAUACAAAGUUGGCUUUCUGGUUGGUGGCGGCUCGUGGAUGGGGCUCGAGACAAUGCACGCCCUGACAAGACAAGGGGAGUACAGGCUGACGAUCAAACUGAACCUUUUCACCGGCUUAGAGGUUGUCUAUGAUGACUUUAACGUCAGUAGCGAAGCUGAAGGCUACUCUUUCAAUUAUAGUACCUUUCGAGAAGACCUGAGCAACUAUGCUGACGGGUUUGCCGCCAUUCCUUCUAUUGGGUCAGGGAGCCUUGUUGGUCUCCCCUUCAGCACGUUCGACAAGGAUCCGUAUGGGUGUGCGGCGCGCUACGGGGCAGGGUGGUGGUAUGACGCCAACUGCGGGCCUGUGUUGGCGUAUGAUCCGGCGGUUAACAGAGCGAGGUGGCCAGACACAUCUUCUACUGUUAGAAAUGCACCAACAUUUAUAUUCUCCUUUAAGUUGAUGCGAUAUUAUUGACACUGCCGUUUCGAAGGAAUUAGCUAUGUGGUCAUGGAAAGAAAGAAAGGGUGGUUUUCAGUGACCAAGGCAGAAAACUAUAAAUUUAAACUCAUGGUCACACAAAUAUGAGUAAUUGUAGCGAAACAUUCGUUUUGUUUGAUUUCAUGGAAAAUCAUUUGUAUUAUCACU